AUGGAGAAAGGGCGUAUCGCCACUCUCGACACAGAAAUUCUUGUUAUCGAUGCGCAACUAGACAUGUUAGAACGCCGAGAAGCCGAGGUGCGGCGUGUGCUGAGCGAAAUGAAGCGGAUGCAGGACGCAGUCGUUGCUGAACGAGAGGCAUUGGAAGCCAAGCGAAGAGAAAUCAUUGGUCAAAGACAACCUAUCAACUGGCUUCCCGGCGAAAUCCUCAUCGAGAUUUUCUCAUUUAUCUGCAGCAAUCCUGACGAGAAUGAGUCAGCGACCAUCGAAGACCAAAAUACUCUGGUCAAUGUAACGCAUACUUGCAGCAAAUGGCGCACGCUUGCCCUUUCCACUUCUCGUCUCUGGUCAUUGAUUCACGUUCCUUGCACUGGAUGGAGCAGGGAACGCGUUUCGGCUUUUAUAGCGCGCUCUUCUGACGCGCCUUUGGAUGUCGUCUUUGGUGGGCAGGGCUGCUUUACCCGCACUGAACAGUGCACACCACUCUCUCGGAGACUGUCCAGAGUAUUGGGUAUACUCAUGCAUAAUUCAUCCCGCUUGAGGUACUUAUCAGUAGACUGUAUGGCCGUGGACACGUCGGCGGUCAUUUUACAAAUGCUCAACGACAAGAACAACCAAUAUCCCCUCCUCUCUUCCCUUUCGCUCGCCAUCACGCGGGAAGUUGCGCAUCCUGCAUCCUUCCCGGAGGCUCAGAGGCCGCUGAUAGAAUUCUAUAAUGCGAAAGAGCAGGCUGGUCGCCUAAAGCAUCUUCGUAUGCAGCGAAUUCCUCUUCUUUCCCUCUCGCCGCGGUUCUAUUCGUCAUUGACGACGCUUGACAUUUCUUUCGCCAAGCUUCCCCUGCCCAAUUCAGCACCACUUCAGGACUUUCUCGCACUACUCUCAACGACUCCUCAACUGAUUCAUCUCUCACUUUCCAUGAAUUUGUUGACGACUCCCCUCGACGAAUCUACACAGAUAAAUCCAGUCUUACUUCCCUAUCUGAAGCAUGUAGACCUGAACUGUGGGCACUCUGUAGUUCUUCCGCGAGUAUUUUCAUAUAUCAGCGCAACUGGGUUGGAGAAGAUUGAGUUAUGGCUUACUCCUAGCUCUAGUAAUUUGACACUAUCUGUAACGCCGUCAUCUUCCGAAAGUCGAUGGUAUUCCACCCAACAGAAUCUACACUUGUCAUCACUGCAAGACUUAUGCCUCCAGUUCAUUGGUCGAGAUCAAGAUUUAUUGAGCUCCUCCCUUCGCUAUUUCACUUUCCCUAUCCUACGAAAUCUCGAAAUCGUCAAUACUGAUCCCGGGGUUCGUACUCUUACAAAGGCUGACGCCGAAGCACAUCACACUCAACUUCCUCCCAUGCCUCGAUUCGAGUCCUUCUUUCGCGAUCCUCGCUUUCCUUACCUCACGAGCCUCUCUCUUUCUCAUUUCGAGGUUGAAGAAUCAAGAGUAGAUUCUCUUUUGGGCUAUAUUCCAGCUUUGACCUCACUCUCUCUGGAUACAGUGACGAAUUGCCUAGUGUUAUUGGAGAGCCUGACGUUGAAGGCCACUCGAGUAGCCGCUGGACAUUCGCUCGGCUGGAUGUCAGAGUUCUUGGAUUCUCCGAAUAAGCAGAAAGCCCAGCAACCCCAACGUAGGAUGAAAUUUUGUUCAAGAUUGGAAGCAUUGUCGCUUUGGGGAUGUGACCUAGAUAUGACCGUUCUUUAUAACAUGAUCAAGGCGAGGAACGAUCCCACCCAGGAUGACGAUGACGAUACUGGACCUUACACCACGGUUCUUCAGUCUUCGACUAAACGUUCCGCAACAGUAUUGCCAGCUCGAAGAGUGAUUAGACCUCUUCGCAGGGCAAAACUUUCAUCACAAUCAAACAACCAAAACGUUGAAUCCGUGGGUAUAUCGGAAGAUGACUCGUCUACAUUAUUCGGCGCCUCUAGUUCUGCUGCAACUGUACUUGCAAGCCCUGCUAUUUUGCAGGCCAUGCAAGCCAGUGCUGCACAACCCACUUCCCAGGUGUCCUACCUACGAGUCGCAGGAUGCAAAGGCGUAAACGAUAGGGCGGCAGGACGUUUGGCAAAUUUGGUAGCUGAUGUCGUCUGGAGUGAUUAA